CGAACACAACACGCCGAGAGGAGGGGGCUGGAAGUCUGCCUUCCAGCCUGAAGCGGCCGGCGGUUCGGCCACAGCACACUGGAUUAGCUAGUUUGUACCCGCGCGGCUAAGUGAAUGGGAUGGAGCCGGGACCGUCUGGCGCUGUGCCCAUGGGGGUGUUCCCCCCACCCCUGCAGCAGGUGUUCCACGCCCCGCGUCGGCCAGGAAUGGGCACAGUGGGCAAGCCCAUCAAGCUGCUGGCCAACUACUUCGAGGUGGAGAUCCCCAAGAUGGACGUCUACCAUUACGAGGUCGACAUCAAGCCGGACAAGUGCCCGCGGCGAGUCAACAGGGAGGUGGUGGAGUACAUGGUGCAGCACUUCAAGCCACAGCUCUUCGGCGAUCGCAAGCCUGUGUACGACGGCAAGAAGAACAUCUACACGGUUCUGGCACUGCCCAUUGGUAGUGAGAAGGUGGAUUUCGAGGUCACCAUUCCAGGCGAGGGCAAGGACCGAAUCUUCAAAGUGUCCAUCCGUUGGCUGGCCAAGGUUUCGUGGCGCCUGCUGCAGGAAACGCUGGUCAGCGGGCGGCUGCAGGUGCCCCUCGACUCGGUGCAAGCCCUGGAUGUAGCCAUGCGGCACUUGGCCUCUAUGAGGUACACUCCAGUGGGUCGCUCGUUCUUCUCUCCGCCCGAGGGCUACUACCACCCUCUGGGGGGCGGCCGGGAGGUGUGGUUCGGCUUCCACCAGUCGGUGAGACCCGCCAUGUGGAAGAUGAUGCUCAACAUCGAUGUGUCUGCCACCGCCUUCUACAAAGCCCAGCCUGUCAUCGAGUUCAUGUGUGAGGUUCUGGACAUCCGCAAUAUAGAUGAGCAGCCCAAAACGCUCACCGACUCGCAACGGGUCCGUUUCACUAAGGAGAUCAAAGUAGUGUCAGGUCUCGUGUACCCUACUUCUCCAGGUCUCAAAGUGGAGGUUACACACUGUGGGCAAAUGAAGAGGAAGUACCGUGUAUGCAAUGUCACCCGACGUCCUGCCAGCCAUCAGACGUUCCCCCUCCAGCUUGAAAGCGGGCAGACAGUAGAAUGCACCGUUGCCCAGUAUUUCAAGCAGAAGUACAACCUGCAGCUAAAAUACCCCCACCUGCCCUGCCUGCAGGUGGGGCAGGAGCAGAAGCACACAUAUCUGCCCCUAGAGGUGUGUAACAUCGUGGCGGGCCAAAGAUGUAUCAAGAAGUUGACAGAUAAUCAGACGUCCACCAUGAUCAAAGCCACUGCUCGUUCAGCGCCGGAUAGACAGGAAGAGAUCAGCAGGCUGAUGAAGAACGCCAACUUCAACCUCGACCCGUACAUACAGGAGUUUGGCAUCAAGGUGAAAGACGACAUGGCUGAGGUGACGGGCAGAGUGCUCCCAGCCCCGAUCCUGCAGUACGGUGGACGGAACCGAGCCAUAGCCACCCCCAACCAGGGUGUGUGGGACAUGAGGGGAAAGCAGUUCUACAACGGCAUCGAGAUCAAAGUGUGGGCCAUCGCCUGUUUUGCCCCGCAGAAGCAAUGCAGAGAGGAGGUGCUUAAGAACUUCACAGACCAGCUACGGAAGAUCUCCAAGGACGCCGGUAUGCCCAUCCAGGGACAGCCGUGCUUCUGCAAGUACGCCCAGGGAGCGGACAGCGUGGAGCCCAUGUUCAGACAUCUGAAGAACACUUACUCGGGGCUGCAGCUCAUCAUCGUCAUUCUGCCUGGCAAAACCCCCGUCUACGCCGAGGUGAAGCGCGUUGGAGACACUCUGCUGGGCAUGGCCACGCAAUGCGUCCAAGUGAAGAAUGUGGUGAAGACGUCCCCUCAGACCCUUUCCAACCUCUGCCUCAAGAUCAAUGUCAAGCUGGGGGGCAUCAACAACAUCCUGGUGCCUCACCAAAGGUCAGCGGUGUUCCAGCAGCCUGUUAUCUUCCUAGGAGCUGAUGUGACUCACCCCCCUGCUGGAGACGGCAAGAAACCCUCCAUCACAGCUGUGGUGGGCAGCAUGGAUGCCCACCCCAGCCGGUACUGCGCCACUGUGCGGGUCCAGCGGCCCCGGCAGGAGAUCAUCGAGGACCUGUCCUACAUGGUGCGAGAGCUGCUCAUCCAGUUCUACAAGUCCACUCGUUUCAAGCCCACCAGGAUCAUCUUCUACAGGGACGGCGUUCCCGAGGGACAGCUGCCGCAGAUUCUCCACUAUGAACUGCUGGCCAUCAGGGAUGCAUGUAUCAAGCUGGAAAAGGACUACCAGCCUGGCAUUACCUACAUCGUGGUGCAGAAACGCCACCACACACGCCUCUUCUGUGCCGACAAGUCCGAAAGGAUCGGAAAAAGUGGGAACAUUCCUGCUGGGACUACAGUGGACACCAGCAUCACUCAUCCCUUUGAGUUUGACUUCUACCUGUGCAGCCACGCAGGCAUACAGGGUACGAGCCGGCCGUCGCAUUAUUACGUCUUGUGGGAUGACAAUCGUUUCACGGCCGACGAGUUGCAGAUCCUCACCUACCAGUUGUGCCACACCUAUGUACGCUGCACCCGCUCUGUGUCCAUCCCAGCGCCGGCCUACUACGCCCGCCUCGUGGCCUUUCGCGCCCGCUACCAUCUGGUGGACAAAGAGCACGACAGCGGGGAGGGCAGCCACGUCUCGGGUCAGAGUAAUGGUCGGGACCCCCAGGCGCUAGCCAAAGCGGUCCAGAUCCACCACGACACCCUGAGGACCAUGUACUUCGCCUGAGCUGCGUGUCAAGCCACCCACCACUUCCCUGGCCAAGUCACUUCCACUUGAGUGGGCAUGUAGCUCCCCACCACCACCUCAUCCCCUUCCCUUGUCCCCUUGUGACUACCCACUACUCAUCCUCCACAGCCGGCCAGCCGCAUCGAUCCAAUCUUCAAAAACACUCUCCAGCCUCAUGCACUCAAAAGGUUAUGAAUAUUAUUAUUAUUAUUGUUAUUUUUCCUUUGUUUUUACUUGACCAGGACUGUUGGAUUUAUUUUUUUUCGUUGGUAUUAUGAUGUAAUAUUGUGUACUACCUUCACACAUGCAAGUAAGUAUGCAAUAGAGGAGGAAAGUAGGUGGUUCACAAUGCUGCCUCUUGAACACAAUCCGGAGUCCGGAUGCCUGUGUUCCAAAAUCAUGAGGAUUGGGAAUCCUGU